AGUCGAGGCGCGAGACUCUUACCGAUCGUAUAGUCAUAAGCUGCUGUCCUCUCAAGCGAGUCAGUAGUCCGGCACCUUGCGUGCUGCCCCUAGUAGUUGUGCGUCCGUAGGAGAGAGCCUGCUAGACUCGAUCGAUUUUGUCGCGAUCGGUAUAUACACGUAUAGCCCGCACUCCUGGAGAGAGAGAAGGAAGAAGGAGAAGAGCAGCAUCUCUCCGAUCGUAUACACAGCGCUGAACAGAUAAAAAAUGGCUUUGAACAAGAGCAAAAUCAUUGUCUUCCUGGCGCUUUUCGGACUAGUCUACUGUCAGAAAGACGAUGACACGUCGACGGUGUUCAUGGAGGCUGCUCAGGCGCUCUUCGAAAACAAGGAGGCGAUCGGUGGUCUGCAGGGCGUAGCGAGAGCUUUCAUGCAGUCUGACACGGGAAAGCAGAUGGGCAACAUGCUGGGCGGCCAAAAGUCGAAAGACGGUCUGGGCCAGAUAAUCUCAGGUUUGGGCAGCUUGAUGGCGGGUCAGAAUCAGGUCGGCGGCGACGGAGGCGGUGGCGGCGGCGGUAUAGACCUGUCUCUCGUUGGCGACCUAAUCAGCGGCUUCUCCGCGAUGACCGGAGGUGGUGCCCAGCAGAGACAGUCUCACGGUGGCCAGGAUCAGGCCCAGCAGUCCUCAGGUUUCGACUUCGACAGCAUGCUGAACAUCGCAUCGGCGUUCAUGGGUCAGAGCGGUAACGCCGAGGGUGUUAUGGGACUGUUACCUCUGGUCCUCGACACCUUCAGCGGUGGUCACAGCAAGGGUGGUCACGACGACCACUCGGACCACUCGUGGUUCAUGCCACCGAUACUGGAGAACGCUCACCUCAUGUGGGACCACUUCAGGAACUCGGAAUUGGGUCAGACCGUGUGGAAGAGCAGUGGGCUUGCCAAGAUCGUGGGUACGAUGUCCGACGAGAGCGGACGCAUCCAGUGGGAGAAGAUCAUGGAGAGUUUCGAGAACCCGACCUUGAGGCGUCGCUGGAUCAGUUCUCUGACGAACUUUGUGGCCGAAUGGAUGUCGCACAUCUCUGACCCGGCGACUCAGCAGCGUUACCUCUCCACGGCCCAGUUCGUCGGCAACAGCUUCCUCAAGUCCCAGGGCUACCCUAAGUCAGUCAUGUUCGAGCCCGGCAGACCUGUUGAGAGUCUUUCUAGGCUGGCUAACGCUGUGGCAAUGCGUCACCUGAACAUGAAGAUCGACAGUCACAAAUACAUCAAGCCAGCCAUAGCUUACAUCCAGGAGUUGAUGAACUUGGCUUCGGAGAAGGGCUUCAUCAUGUCGCGAAUCAACGCCCGCGAGCUCAGCAACAAGUUGAGUGACUCCAUCAACAACGGCUUCAUUGCGCCUCUGCUCAAGGCAUACCGAGCGUACAAAUGGGGAUCGAAGAUGCCUCACUGCGCUGCUCAGAUCCUCUGCUCCAUCAACCACAAGUCAACGCCUACGGAAGGCAAAGUAGGAGACGACUGGUUCCGCACCGGUCUGACGAAGGUGGCGAGUUUCCCUGCCGCUUGGGCCAUCAGCAACAAGGCGGGACUGAGCUUUUGGUCUCUCUACGCCUCUAUUUUGGAUCAGACCAACUGCCUCGAGAAGUACCCGGCUGAAUGCACACCUUUCCACGAAGAGGAGAUCCGAGUGACCACGGAGUUUCCGCACAGUGAUGAACUCUAAACCCGAAGUCCUUAAGUUUACGAAUUAAUUGUUAAUCCCACACACACACACACACACAGAAGAGACUGUUUUAACGUUUAUAAUAAUGAGAGAAGAAGAACAAAAAAAUACGCUCCGAGUAGGACGAGAACGUUUACUCGCUCAAGCUCAUCCAGCGAAAUGCAGUGAUUUUACCUCGUUUUUUUUUCUUUUCUUAUUAUACAUUUUUCGAUGAUAAGACAAAUUUAUAGAACUUGCGUAGACUCUAAGGGUAAAAAAAAGGACGACGACGAUACGGAGAAAAGAAACCGGUAUGAAAGAUAAUUUAAUAAAUAUAUAUGAAUAUAGGUGUGAUAGGAGGAAAACUAAAAAUCGUAUAUAAUAUUAAGCGAUAAGCUUCGCGAGAGAAGAGGAGAACUUUUCGACUCAGUACCUAUAUAUGCAUGAAAAUUUAAUUUAUGACCUUUAACAAAUGUGAAAAUAUUGAAUAACGGCGUUGAAAGGCCUUUUCUUCUAAAUCUUUGAUAUUAUAUGAAAUGAAAGGAUGAACGCAGUCUCGCGAGCCUCCAGAUCUGCUCCGGCUGCGACUUGUUAAUACAUAAACGUAGAUAGCCGAUUCGUAUACAUAAUUCUUGUAAAUAUUAGAUAAAUGUCAAAUAAAAUAUAAGUGAUCUAA